AUGUCAACCUUUGAUAUUGCUGCUAAUUACGACAAUUGCAUAAUUCCCGAUUAUAUAGAAGCUGUCAACUCCUUUGACCUUUCAUCUGAAAAUGAAUUUACAAAUUGGUUAAAUGAUAUAGCUAAAAAACAUGCCAAUUGGGUUUACUAUCGAUCUUACAGGCAUGAGAAGAACAUGGUCUUCGUUGGGAAGUCUCUUGAAAAUCCUCUCAAAGUAAAGACAGUAGUUUACUUGUGUUAUCAUGCUGGAAAACCACAAGUGAAAAAAACUUCUCAGUCUGCUCAGAAACACGUCAGAACAACCAAGUCCAUCAAGAUUGGUUAUCCUGCUAGUAUCUAUAAGCAUAUCAUGACUGAUGGUACUGUUUGUAUCAAAUACAACUGGCAGCAUCCAAACCAUGAUCCAUUUAAGAUUGAAGAGAUCAGUUCGUCAAAAUUGCCUGAUGAAUUAAAACAAUGGGUAGAAGGGCUUGUCAGCCAAAACAUGGAUUGGAAAUCCAUUAAAAACAUGCUUAGAAUGAGUGAAGACAGACUUCUUGAACUUGAACAAGCUGGUGAUAGAUCUUCCUUCCCUUCUUCUCUUCUCAUUGAUUAUCAAUAUGUGAGAAAUGUUAUCAAUGCUCGAAUGAUGAAACUCUCAAGAAAACAUGUGGAUCAUUAUGAAAGUGUCAAACUGUGGGUUCAAGAGUUGAAUGAAAUUUCUGGAGAAUUUGGAAGAGUGAUGCAUUGA